AUGUCGAAAGAACAAUUGGACGAUUCUACAAUUAAUAAGCUAAUUCCACAAAUAUUUGCCCAAAUGCGGUCUAACUUUGAUACUGCUACGAGCAGUUCCAGUAUAACGGAUUCAAAUCAGGUACAUAGAUCCAAUAUAACAACGCAGUCAUUAUUAAAUGAAUUAGAAUCCCUGGAUAAAAUUAUAACAAUGGUUCAGAAUUUAGACAAAACUUUAAAGAAUGCCACUCCGAAGCAUAUUGAUAGGAUCCAUCACGUGUGCCAAUCAACGAAUACUAUUUUGGAUUCUUGGAUCAAUAUUCAAUCACAAGCUGGGUAUAUUAAUAGGUUAAUGAGUGAUCCAUUAUAUUUAAAGUUUGCACAUGAGCAACUGGUUACUGGUGAUACUACUACUGCUGAUGAAUAUUUGAAUUUGGAACAAGAAGAAGUAGAAAAAUUGAAGCGCCAAUUGGAGUUGGAACAACAGAAGAAACAUGCACAACAGAAUGUUUCCAACUCAUCAUCAUCAUCUCGUGGAAGAGAAAAGAACAGCAUCAAUAAAAGUAAUAGUAAUAUUAGGCGUUCUGUCCCCGUACGGUCAAGACCAUCGGGUAUACCGACUCGUUUAGCAAGACCAACUGCAAGCAGUUCUCGAAAAAUGUUUAGAGAAUAA